GCUAUUGGAGUUUACUGCAGUCUAAGAAAUAAGCAUAUUGAUUUAACUGUAAUAUUGUGGUAAUCGAAAGAUAGGUCCACAAGACUUGGAAUAAUAUCAUUACAAACAAAAUCUAAGUUAACCGUUUUGUCUUUAUUGGUUUAUAUGAAAGUUUUUGUAAAAAAAAAUUAAGAAUAAUAAAAUAAAUCUAUUUGAAGAGCUUAGCGAAAUAAUUAUCAAGAAAAUCAAAUAAGAAUCAAAUUACAUUACGCCAUUUGCUCAGCGAAUAUCUAGACUAAAAUGGAGGAAAUCGAAAGUGCAGUAGAACUGGAUACGGAGUCUGUGCAUUUAGUGGAAAUUACGCACUAUUUAAAUCCAUACGAUUUUUACGUUCGGCCCACAAAAUAUAAAUCCAUCAUCCAAGAGUGGGAGUCCAUGAUAACUAAAACCAAGGCGACAUCCUUGAAUGUACAGGAUUUGGUUAUAUUUAAUUUGGAUUAUUCACGUGGGGGUUGUAAAUACAUAAGAGGACGAAUUACUCGGAUUUUAAAGGUUGAUAAUAAUCUAUCGUUUGAUGUAUUUGCGAUUGAUUAUGGGUUUAAGGAAAAAUCAAUUCCGAUAGAGUAUAUAUGGGAAUGCUCACCAGAAAUGGCAAAUAUACCACCUCUGGCAUAUAAUUGUCGGCUUGCUAACUGUUACCCAAUGGAAUCUGAAGGUUUUUCGUCACAGACAAACGAUGCAUUUAAAGAAUUGGUUGGAUCGGAACCUGUUAAAAUUAAAGUGAUGGGCAAGAAACCAAAUAAGAUCCUGGUUGAUUUAAUAAAUUCUGCUGAAGAGGACAUUGCGAUACUGCUAGCUAUCGACGGAUAUGCAACAAUAGGUCACUCAAUUGAAGAAAUGGCUAAGAAUCCUGUCAUACUUGGCAAAAGAGUUUUUUUUGAUUUUAAAGAGCUUACGAUUGGUGAAACACUUCAUGUGAGGGUCCAAUCAGGGGAUUCACUGAAUGCAUUCUAUGUUGCCCGAGUUAUCGACUAUGAUAAAUAUCUUAGAGAAAUUGAUAUCAUAUCAUUUUUCGCAGGAAGAGAAGCUUCUGUUUUGCCGCAGCACUUGGUAGAAGGAAAAUUAGUGUGCGUGAAAGUUGAUAGCGAAAAUAAAUAUGAAAGGGCUUUUAUCAAAGAAGUUACAAAGCCAAAAGAAAGAGCUAUCGUUCACCUCGUGGAUUGGGGAGUAGAUGAGGAAUUUCAUGUUGAAAAAAUGAAUUAUAUGCACCCAUAUUGCUUGAGGGCACCAGUCCUUGCGAUUUUUUGCCAAUCUGCAGAGAAUCAAGCAUGGGAUAACGGACUGGAGCGCUUUUUAUCUCCCGGAUAUGAAUUCAAUAUAACAAUUAAAAGUCUAGGACAACAUUUCAAAUAUCCUAAUAAAGUUGAUAUUUCCGUCUUGUCUAAUGAUGAUGACGAGGCCAUAGCCUUACCGGAUGUCGUCCUUGAUGAGUAAAAUUAUUUGUCACUAUCUUAUUAAAUUAUAAUAAAGUCUUACAAUGUUAUAAUUAAGCCAAUACAGAAUAUUGUUACGCAAAUUAAUACAUGUAGUUAAUCAUAAUGUUAAGGUUAUAUAACCUUCAAGUAUUUAACUAUAUUUAUAGUGUAAGUUUCAUAAUGUAUCUGCAAUAUCAAUAAUACUCAUAUAUA